CCACAAGAAAAGUCUGGACAACGCAACACAUCUGUCUCCGUUUCUUCUCGCCUGCGCGUGAUCGCAAAGCAGGUUAGGACAAAAAAAUAAAUACAAAAUCGUCUCGUGCGGGCUGUGCGGAGGCACCGGGAACGGUGGAAGUUGUUGCCGCCACUUGGGUCGCUGUUGACGGGGGCGGCGCAGAGGAGCGUUGCAAUGCUGGGACGGUUCGCUGCGAUGGAGAACGUGCACUAACCCGGAUUUGGAAUUGUUUUUUUCUUUUUUCUUCUCUUUUUCUUGGAUUACCCCUCGCUUUCUGUUAAAACCGACCUGCUUCGUGCUCCGCCGGUAAUCCUCUCGGUUCUUCUGAAAGCGUGGAAUAGUGGAACACUUGUGAAGAAGGAAGAAAAAGAAAAAUGCCUGCGAAAACCAAGUACAACCUCGUCGAUGAUGGGCACGAUUUGAGGAUCCCGCUGCACAACGAGGAAGCGUUCCAGCACGGGAUCAACUUCGAGGCAAAGUACAUCGGCAGUCUGGAUGUGACGCGGCCGAGCAGCCGAGUGGAGAUCGUGGCCGCGAUGAGAAGGAUUCGGUAUGAGUUCAAGGUGAAAAACAUCAAGAAGAAAAAAGUCAACAUCGUGGUGUCUGUCGACGGCGUGAGAGUCGGCUUGAGGAAAAAGAAAAAAAAGAAGGAGUGGACGUGGGACGAGAGCAAGAUGAUGGUGAUGCAGGAUCCCAUUUACAGAAUAUUCUAUGUGUCUCACGACUCGCAGGAUCUGAAGAUAUUCAGCUACAUCGCCAGAGACGGACAGAGCAACGUCUUCCGCUGCAACGUCUUCAAGUCCAAGAAGAAGAGUCAGGCCAUGCGUAUUGUUCGGACGGUCGGCCAGGCGUUCGAGGUUUGUCAUAAACUGAGUCUGCAGCACACGCAGCAGAACGCAGACGGACAGGAGGACGGAGAAAAGGACGGCAGCGACUCCUCCGUCACAGGUGUGCGUGCUUAUCCACCUGUAUGUGUGUGUACUUUCCUCGGCUCAGCUCGGGAGCUAACGGGCGCCGAGCAAACGACGACCGUCGCCGAGGAGACGGAUAUCGACGCGGAGGACGCGAGCCACGCGUCUGCAGCCGAGGAGUUGAACCUCAAUAGAGGGGUCACUGAUCUGGACGACACAGCCAAGGCCCCCGAUAUGACCCAGGCAGAGAGCAAGGCUUCAGAGGAGGCCUCUCUGCUGAUGUCCAUCCCCAGGAUGCUGCUCCCUCCAUCAGCCACGCUGCCACCAGGCGCCCCCCUGUCGGUCCACCACCAGAUCCAGCUGCUCCAGCAGCAGCUCCAGCAGCAACAGCAGCAGACACAAGUGGCUGUGGCACAGGUCCACCUGUUGAAGGACCAGCUGUCGGCGGAGGCCACGGCUCGGCUGGAGGCCCAGGCCCGAGUCCACCAGCUGCUGCUGCAGAACAAAGACCUGCUGCAGCACAUCUCCCUGCUGGUGAAACAGAUUCAGGAGCUGGAGCUCAAGAUGUCUGGACACAACUCCAUGGGGUCUCAGGACAGCCUGUUGGAGAUCACCUUCCGGUCUACAGUACCUCAAGUGAUCUGCGACCCCACAACACCCAAACCUGAUAUGUCCGCCCUCAACCUGCCCGCGCUGGGCUCCACGGACGGGACCGGCAACGCCUUCUUGUCUUCCAACGGGACUCUGGGAAGCCCCCUAGUUGAUCAAAGUAUGUUUGAGAACUCCAUCGCGCAGCAGCAGAGUCCUCAGACCUCGAGGCCGGGCCAGCCCUCAACCCGGCGCUCCCCAGCAUCGGCCAAUCAUAACCUGGGGUCCAGCUCCGUCGACUCUACGUCCUUUGGUGGCCAACAGAGGCUUAAAAAUGCCAUUAAUCUGGGCAAGGCAGUCGGUGCGAAGGUCAAUGACUUGCUGAGAAGAAAGGAGCCCAGUCACCUGGGAGACAUCGGGGUCACUGAGGUCAACAAGAACGUUGAUGCCGUGUGGAGCUGUAUGGACCAACUCGCCCAGACCACUGUGAACAGUCACUUCUCCUCCUUUGACUCCUUCCCCCGACUGGACCCGCCACCCCCAUCGGGGAAGAAGCGCCUCCCUCGGGCGCUGAAGACCACCCAGGACAUGAUGAUCUCCUCUGACCCCGUGGUCUCCUCUCCGGACCCAGCUGACCCGUCCUCCUUCCUUCCUGCUCCUGACAUGACGCCCCUCAUCGCCGAGCAGGAGCUGAGGAACAGCGAGGAGCAGCAGCAGCAGCAGGGCGAGCAGGAGGACGAGGCCUCAGGGCAGCUCACAUUGCCUCCAGGCCCAGCAGAGAAGAAAUUCGCUGAUUGUUGGGAGACGACAGGAAGCAACGGCAAAGUUGUUGAAGUGAUGGGUGACGAAGAAGAUGUAGUGGAAAACGGGAGCACCGGAGGAGGCGAAGAGGAGCGUCGGCCCCAGCUGCAGCUCUCUGUGCCAGACCUCAUCAACAAAGAGCCCCCCCUGGAGCCCCGAGCCAAGCCCGACGACAUCUGGCAGAAGGCGUCGGGGCCGGACGCCCGGCUGGCCUCCACCCCCCGCUCGGCGAAAACGUCCUGCCGCAUCAGCCUGGGCGAGGAGUCGCUGCUGGGGAACGGCGGCCCCUGCCGUAAAGGAGGGAGCACUGCUGACUCAGAGCCCCACCCGGACCUGCUGGUCUUUGAGUAACGACAGAAACCGGGUCCAGCAAGUCUCAAAAGGUUUGGAGCUUUCGCUCUUAAUUUCAACUGGAGCGGCUCAAGGGGUAAUUCAAACGGACUGAUAAUAAGUUGCCACUCUUUUAAAUAUGUAACUCUCCCUGCUCAAGGGUACACUUUAAGAAAAGGGAACGAGGGCUCCCCGGAUCUGUUGCGUUUUAACUUUGUAACCAUCUUUUCAGAUGUGUGGAUGAGUUUGAUGGACAACGUGGCUGAGAGACACGAGCGGCUUCUCCCUGAUGACCAGCACCAGAGGGUGAAUAAGUAGCGAGAGAGAAAAUGUGUUGGAGGUGAGGGUUCACUAUGGUGCAGUGAGAAUUACAAUAUUAACAUUGUGAGAAUUACAAUAUUAACAUUGUGAGAAUUACAAUAUUAACAUUUCAACCAUACAACCAAACAUGGCUAUUGAGGAAUAUACUGUUCUCAUCAGUCUAUUUAUCCUGUCUGCUUUAGGAAUGCAAUAUACCCGAUAAUGUAAUAAUGAAUAUAAUCAAUGCAAUGAAAUAUCCCUUUAAAUGGGCAAAACUAUUAAAUCCAGUUAAACGAAUAACGGACGAUCGUAAAAAAUCUUUAAUCUUAAAAAAGUAAAACAUUAGAAUUAUCUUUUAAAAAAUGUACGAGUUGUUCUAUUAUUUAUAUAGUAAUAAGUUAUUAUAAUAUUAUGGCAUUCAUUUCAAGAACCUUUUUUGACAUUUAAAGGGAUAUUAGCUUCAUGAUUGUCACACAAUAUUAUACAAAAGCUGCUACAAUGAAACCAAUUACAAACCGCAACUAAUAUGUGUUGAAUAGAAAUGUAAUUGGCAUGUGAUAUAAUUAGAAUACUACGUCUUUGCAGAAUUCCCCACCGUUUAGUAUUCCAGUUAUUUUCCAGGAUGGACAUUUUGUUGAAUCGAAGGGAACGAGAGGCAGAAGGAAUGCGGAUGUGUUGGAGGGGGACUGGGCUUUUUGGGGGAGUUCACUUUCGGUUCAGUCAUCACAAAAAUACUCCGAAGAGUUUGUCAGGACUGGAAGCCUUUUGACCCCGUAGCUUCAUUCAUAUUCAAUCAUAUCUGACCCCUUUUUGGUCCUUGUCCCAUGCUGCACAGGCCUUCGGCAUGGACCGUGACCCUGAAGGUGACCUUUUUAAAGCUCCGGCAGCAAGAAACAGAGUGCCGUGACAUACAGAUGCUAAUUCUAAAAAGAUGCUUUUCUUUUUGCCGUAGAUAUAUCAUAAUCACACAUAUUGACCCUAGAGAGAGUGUGUAAAACAGUACAAAUUGUCUCGUCUUCAGUCUUUAGUAGAAAGAAAACAUAUUUAUAUGUGUGUGUCUCUGAAUCAAGAUGAGAAUGGCUUCCAGUCGUACAUUCUGCUGACAAAAAGUGUUUUCUGAGCUGGAUAAACCCCCAAAAAACCUGACGGCGAGUCGGGAUGAAAGGAUGGAGGGGUGGAGGGGUGGGAUGUUUUGGGGGCGGGCUGGUGAAAAG